AUGAGAAAUGUUGAUAAGAGAGAAGAAGUAGAAGAAGAACAGGAGAAAGGGAGUAAAUUAUUAAAAAUAAUAUAUUUUAAAAAAAUCAAAUAUACAACUGUUAUGUGUGUAUUGGCCGUUGACACUGCCCUUCCUCAUCGUGUCUUUUCAUUGUUUUCAAAUAGAAUAACUAUUUUAGAAAAAGAGAUGAGUGGAGUAAAAUUGGUAGAAUUCAACAGUGAAGAUUCGUUUGUUAAUGAUUCGGUAUCGUUCAUUCACUCCAUUAUCAACGAUGCUAUCAAGUCGAGAGGCGCUGCCGUCAUUGGUUUGAGUGGUGGUACUUCACCAAAGCCAAUCUACAAUGCAUUGGUCGCAUCCAACGACAUCGAUUGGAACAAAGUCUACUUCUUCUGUGUCGACGAGCGAUACAUUACAAAGACAUCGGCAGACUCUUUGAACCACUUGGUUGCCAACUCUAUUUUCCGUGAGGGUUUGCCAACUCACAAGCUAUUGAACGACGGUAUUCACUUUACUUGUCCAAACACAUCGCUACCACUCGACCUGUGUAUUGCCAAGUACCAUGCUGACUUGGAGCAUUUGCUAAAAAAGUCUGGUGGUGCUGCCGAUCUCGUAACUCUUGGAAUGGGUGAAGACGGUCAUAUCGCAUCGAUCUUCCCAGUCACCGACGAGAAUGAACCACCCGCACCAAUCAGUCUUGUCUACCACACAACCACAACCAGAUUCGUCGUAUUCGACAGAAUCACCACCAACUUGAGAUUCCUCGAAAAGUCAAGAGCCAAACUCUUCUUUAUGAAGGGUGAGAGUAAGAAGGUUGUCUGGGAUGAAAUGUUGGCUGCACCAGAGAAUAUUCGUCGUUGGCCAGCACAAGGUAUCAUCAAAUCAGGUCAUACAUAUGUACAUUACUUGAAAUAA